CCUCUUGGGAAAGAGGCGUUGCGAGGGGAAGAAGGAGGGCCGGGGGGGUUGCAGUUCUUCUCCCGCCCCCGCGAGGUUCUCUUCGCGUGCGGUCGAUGCUCGUCUCUCUCCCUCGAUGGCGGAAGGAGGGAAAGGCGGAUACAGCGAACAUGAUGAUCGUGUGGGUGGAGGAGGCAACAGGGGCUUCCCUGGACGGCGGAGGAAAGGUCGGGGCCCUUUCCGAGGGAAGAUGUACAGUGAGAUGAACCACCACCAGAGAAACUGGAACAAUUCAAUUUCUGGUCCUCGUAGCCGGGUAGAGGAAGAGGAUGGAGAUGUUCUCAUGAGUGACCCUCAUGAUGCACUACGAUCCCGCUACACUCCUUAUGGGCAGCGGCCAAACAGACAAGAUCGAGAGCGGGGCGGCCUAAGCAGUAUAAACCUCACUGUGCGAAGGAAUCUGGGUGCCACAGACCAAGGUGUCACCAUCGGCAAUCCCCCCAAGAAGUCCUGGUUCAAAGUCACAAUUCCCCACGGAAGGAAGUAUGAAAAGGCAUGGUUGCUUAAUGCCAUUCAGAAUCUAUGCAGUGUUCCCUUCAAUCCUAUGGAGGUUCACUAUGCUAGUAGUCGAAUUGUGUUUUAUGUUGAAGAUCCCUUUGUUGCCAAUGCCCUCAGGCAGGUGUCCCGGAAAAUCACUGACCCAGAGGGCUACAAGGUGGUGAUAGUCAUAAAUCCAUGCAGUCCACCGCCAACUACCCAGCAUGAACUGAAACAAGAAGAGAUUGAACAUUUGAAGCAAUGUAUGAGUAAGAGAUAUGAUGGUUCGCAACAGGCCUUGGACCUAAAGAGCAUUCGCACAGAUCCAGAUCUGGUGGCACAAAACAUUGAUGUGGUUUUGAAUCGUCGAGCCUGCAUGCUAACUGUGCUGCGCAUCAUUGAGGAGAACAUUCCUGAGCUUCUCUCUCUGAAUUUGAGCGACAACAAGCUCUUUCGGCUGGAUGAUAUGGCUGAACUUCCCCAGAAGGCUCCCAAUCUGAAAAUCCUCAAUCUGUCCUGCAACAAGCUGAAGACGGAACGUGACCUGGACAAGUUGAAAGCAUUAAAGCUUGAGGAACUGUGGCUGGACACCAACCCAAUGUGCGACAGCUUCCGGGACCAGUCCACCUACAUCAGUGCUGUCCGGGAACGGUUUCCAAAGCUGCUGAGGCUGGAUGGUCAUGAACUGCCCCCUCCCAUCUCCUUUGAUGUAGAAACACCUACUACUCUGCCCCCAUGCAAGGGCAGCUAUUUUCCUUCAGAUGACUUGAAGGUGCUGAUUCUACGAUUUCUGCAGCAAUACUACACUAUCUAUGACUCUGGGGAUCGGCAAGGGUUAUUGGAUGCCUACCACGAUGGAGCUUGCUGCUCGCUGAGCAUUCCCGUCCUAAUGCACAAUCCUUCACGGAGCAGUUUGGGUGAAUACUUCAAGAACAGCAGGAAUGUGAAGAAACUUAAAGAUCCCACCAUGCGUUUUAGGCUUCUGAAGCACACACGGCUGAACGUUGUGGCCUUCCUCAGUGAGCUGCCCAAGACUCAACAUGACAUCAACUCCUUUGUGGUAGAUGUCUGUGCACAAACGAACACGCUACUGUGUUUCACGCUCAAUGGGGUCUUCAAGGAAGUGGAUGGAAGGUGUCGGGAUUCAUUGCGGGCAUUCACUCGUGUGUUCAUCGCUGUGCCAGCCGGCAACAAUGGGCUAUGCAUUGUUAACGACCAGCUGUUUGUCCGCAAGGCCACCAAUGAAGAAAUCCGCAAGGCUUUUGUCAUGCCAGCACCCACACCCUCUUCCAGCCCUGUGCCCACUCUCUCGGCGGAGCAGCAGGAAAUGCUGCAAAAUUUCUCCCUGCAGUCUGGCAUGAACCUGGAGUGGUCUCAGAAGUGCCUCUUGGACAACGAUUGGGACUACGCUCAUGCCGCCCAUGUUUUCACCCAGCUCAAGGCGGAGGGGAAGAUCCCAGAAGUGGCAUUCCUCAACUGAGCAUUGGCUCCCAGCACCAUGACCAAAAGGAAAUCGCAUUUUAUCCUUUAGAGAGCCGUUUUUGUAAAUAAAUGAAAGUUUCACUGUAAAUUAUGACUCCCUUUUGUGACUGUGAAGGCUGAGGCCAUUCCCUAUUAGGGUGGAGACACAGGCUGUGAUUGAUAUUCUGGAAGUGGCAGCAUCUUCUACCUAUUGUGACCAGACGACAGGAAGAGUUGCUGUGUAGAGCGACUUUUUAAAAGACUGAACUCAACACUGAAGGGAAGAGUCCCCACCUGUGUUUCUUCUCUCUCUUUUAAUUUGGGCACCUGGUAUGUUUUUAGUGUAUUCUUACCCUUUUUUUUGCAGCAGUUGUCUCAGGAGUAUUAUUUUGUAUGUAUGUGCCUAGGGUAAGAAGGGGUCAACAGUUCACAGUCUGAAGAUUUUAGAAUUCCCCUACCCUUUGAGGCUAGAAUCUUCUGUGUGUUGGGAAGAGCCAGGUUCCCUAGUCCCCUUAUGCCAGCCUUGUGCUGCUUCCAUGGAGUUUAGGAGCCAUACGGCCCAGACCCCAUAAUAGCUGGUCCUCCAAAGCACAGCCCCUAAAAAGGUGUCACCUCACUGCUUUUGCUCACCAGUUAAAGGAGACAGGAAGCAUGGGUUGGCAUGCUCAGUGAGCUGUCGCUUCUGUGUUUCUCUUCCGCCUGUAGUUCUUUCAAACAAAUGUGUUUAGUAAAAUUAUUAUUAAAACUC